AUGUACAUCGACCCUACAGUCAUCCUCGUCUCAACGAAAAUCGACGACGCAGUCAUCGAACGCUUUGAUCGCGAAGGGAGAAGUGGAAGGUCCGUCAGUGGCGACAACGACCAGUUCCGCCUGCCCUUUCUCCUAGAGGUGCGGCCACCAAGCGAGUACUCGUACGAUGCGGCAAGGAGCAAGCUUGUGAAUCUACGUCUCGGUGAGGAGGAUGGCACGCGAGUCCGCUUCAACAUACCAGGCGAGCUUGGUGCCAACGAGCACGACGAGGAAAAUAUUGCUGGUAAACAAGGGCAGCUUCUUCGACUUGCCGGUUGGGUCGACGUCGACAGCCAAGCAACAGUUGGCUGUGCUGGUGCACUCAUCUCAUAUCUACAGCGGAGGCGUGCAGCUGCAUACCUACCUGGCGACGAAGCUGCGCACCUGAUGUUCCGCGUGUCGACCUUGGAGAUGUUCAGUCUGCGAGACACAAUGUUCGUCAACGCGGACACUCUUCAUUCGCUGCAAAUUCUGGACGCAGAAUCCCAUCCGCAUUCUCACAAUCGAGGCCCAAGUAGCUCUGGAGCUAAAGAAGGUCUCUCUGUAUAUGGGCUGUUUCACCAUCUGGCAGGAACACCUCAAGGACGCUUCUUGCUUCGCCAAAAUUUCUUACGACCAAGUUUGAACCUCGACAUUAUCAACGAGAGAUUAGAAACCAUCAGCACACUUCUUCGGCCUGAUAACGAAACGCCAAUGCGAGAUAUUGUAAAGAUCAUGAAGAAUGUCGGCAACAUGCGUGUCAUGAUGAUCAGCUUAAGAAAGGGCAUCGGUGGUGCGGCGAAGCGCCAAGGAGGGUUCUCACGAAGCGUUUGGUCGACACUUCGUGGAGUACGUUCUUUUACUGUAUUUGAGAAAUUUGAGGGCUUCCAUCUGGCUCAGGUCGGCCGAAAGAUUAGCGAAACUGUGGAUCUCGAAAAGUCCGCCGAGGAAUCCCGAACCGUCAUUCUCCCAGGAAUCGAUGAAGAGUUGGAUCAUCUCAAGAGGACUCUCGAUGGCUUGGAUGAUUUACUCAACGAGGUAGCCGCGAAGCUGUCUGAGAAAAUGCCUUCGGGUCUUCGCGCUUCUCUCAAUGUGAUAUACUUCCCUCAGAUUGGCUUCCUCGUCACUGUUCCCAUCGACCCAGAAACUGGAGACGCUGUAUAUGCGGGCAGCCUUGACAACCUCUGGGAGCAAAUGUUUACCACUGAAGUCCAGGUCUAUUUCAAGACGAGCGAGAUGCGUGAGAUGGACGAUCACUUUGGCGACGUAUACGGCAUCAUAUCCGAUCGGGAGAUCGAGAUUACCCACGAGUUGGCUCAAUAUGUUCUGCAGUACGAAGAGCUAUUGACAAUGUGCUCAGAUGUUUGUGGAGAGCUGGACAGCCUAUUGGCUCUGGCACAAGGCGCUAAGCUGUAUAAACUUUGUCGCCCUCAGCUCACUCUGGACAACAUUAUCCGCAUCAAAGGCGGCCGUCAUAUCCUUCAAGAGCUCACAGUAUCCUCAUUCGUACCAAAUGGUACGCUUUUAGUGGGUGGAUCAGGCAACAAUAGCUCGACUGAUGUCGGUUACGAUCACGACGUGACAAGCUAUGCACAUUCCAGCAGUUCAUCUAUGCGCCAUGUCUCUACUCCUGGCGAAUGCCCCAGUAUGCUAGUUCUUACUGGCCCCAACUACUCUGGAAAGAGUGUUUAUCUGAAACAAGUGGCAUUGGUAGUCUUCAUGGCCCAUGUUGGCAGUUUUGUGCCAGCGGAGGCCGCAAAGAUUGGGCUGACAGACAAAAUCCUCUCGAGAGUCACCACGCGGGAGACUGUCUCUCGAACACAGACUACCCGAAGAAGUCUGCUCAUCAUUGAUGAAUUUGGCAAGGGUACGGAGUCCAGUGAUGGAGCAGGGCUGGCUUGCGCAGUCAUGGAGCAUCUGCUGAGCUUGGGUUCUGAAAGGCCGAAAGUUAUUGGAGCCACGCACUUUCACGAGAUAUUCGAGAUGAACCUUCUCAAGCCAAGACCCACUCUCGCCUUUGGUUACAUGGAAGUCCGCAUCGACACUGAGGCUUCAGAAGCGAGCGAUCAAAUUACAUAUCUGUAUAACUGUGCUGCUAUGAACGGAGUCCCGCCUGAGAUUGUUCAACGCGCGGAGAAUUUCAUAUUGCUUAGCAUGAGAGGUGAGGACCUUGUGGCCGCCUGUUGCCAGAUGCCCGAUGAAGAAGCUGCAGAGCUAGAGGAAGCAGAAAAAAUUGCAAGAGACUUCCUGGAGGCGGAUGUUUACAGAGACCCAAAGGGUACUUUAGCAGACAUUCUCACGAUUUCUGCCACUGCAGACUGGCGGUCUUGA